GUCAGUGUUGUUACCCUGUGAAGCUGCGCUCCAGUCCCACCCAGAGCACGUCAUCUGCGCGCAGAGCUCUGGCCAGCAGAGGAGAAGACGGGCGCUCUGCAGUACUGACUGGCGGCCGGGCUGCAGCUUGUAGCGGAGGGACCAGCAUCGCAAACAUGGGCAACAUCCAACCUACCAUUGUGGACUAUCCUGACUUUGAGGUAGUGGCUGACAUUAAAGCAAUUCGCAAAGCCUGCAAAGGACUAGGGACUGAUGAGGAAGCGAUUAUUGACAUUUUAGCCAACCGAUCCAGUGCUCAGCGGCUGGAAAUUAAGCAGGCAUAUUACGAGAAGUACGAUGAUGAACUCGUGGAGGUCCUGAAGAAGGAGCUGUCAGGCAGCUUUGAAAAGGGGAUCAUCGCAAUGCUCGACUCGCCCACUGUACUGGCUGCAAAACAGCUGCGGGCGGCGAUGAAGGGCCCAGGAACUGACGAGGACGUUCUGGUUGAAAUUCUGUGCACCAGAACCAAUGAGGAGGUCAAAGCUGUAAACAAUGCCUACAAUGAAUUGUUUGAGAGGGACCUGCAGGAGGACAUAGAGGGAGACACCAGUGGGGAUGUGAGAAACUUGCUGUUGACUUUACUAGAGGCCGACAGGGAUGAAGGCUUCGAGGUGGAUGAGGCACUGGCUGAAGCAGAUGCCACUCACCUUUUUGAGGCUGGAGAGGGAAGGUUUGGGACAGAUGAGUCAACCUUUACCAACAUCCUGGCCAAGAGGAACUACCUGCAGCUGCAGGCCACCUUCAAAGUGUAUGAGUCGCUUUCAGGGAACGACAUUAAGGAUGCCAUCAAGAGUGAAGCUUCAGGAACUUUGAAGGACUGUUACAUCACUUUGGUCAGGUGUGCGAAAAAUCUGCAGCUGUACUUUGCCCGGCGUCUACACCACGCCAUGAACGGAGUGGGAACUGAUGAGGACACACUCAUCCGCAUCAUUGUGGGCCGUUCAGAGAUCGAUCUGGAGACAAUAAAGGAUAUGUACUCUGAGAAGUAUGACGUAUCUCUGAAGGAUGCCUUGUGCUCCGAGUGUGGGGGUGAUUUUAAAAGGCUCCUUUUGAGAAUCCUGCACUAAACGGCCAGGGGUUCUUGCACCUCCCAAUGACCCACCUGCUGCCAAGUCUUCAAGGGAUUUUAAGCGACAGCCAGUGACUGAAGUCCACUGUUAACUACUGUGCAUACACCUUUUGUAAAUUGUUUUUCUGUGCAUGUCUCACAUAACACAUUCCUAAUUUUAAAUUAACAAUUUAACAAUUGCUGACAACUUGAAGUGAUGUUAAUGUGAACGCUUUUUAUGAAUGUCUGUCCUCUGCCCUAUAAGGAAGAGUUGCUAACUUUAACAUGAAUACUUAACAAAUGAGGUUUUUUAGUAGAGUGUUGAAUUCAAAUAGAUCAUACUCGUUACAGCACCAUCAGCUGGAUAGUGGAAUCAGUUAUGACCAGGAAAGAGAGGACUUCUAAACUGAACUCCCACAGCUCAGAGCUAAAUGCGACUCUCCUGUUGGUCCUUUCAUUGGCUCUCUUCUGACUGACUACUAUGACAAAUAUUUGAAUUCUACUCUACUCUGACCUGUUUUAUGAGUAAAAAUUAAAAAGUAAUUGCAAGACUGUAACAUAAAAUUGAGUACACAACAGAUUUGUGAAUAAACAAAAAUGAUCAGCUAGCUGUGCUUGACAGACCUGCAAGGUCUGUGAAGAAUGACUCUGGGCAGUGCUGAUGGUGUUGGGGUGUGGGAAUCCCAUCCUGUUUGUCAGAUGUCAGUGAACCAUGUGUACUGGAUGUGCUGCUUUCCAGAACUGCGCAAAGUCAGAAUAAUCAUUAAAGUUAUUUUUGCAGGAGUGGCAGCACAAGGAAAUUUUAUAUUUAUUGAAGUAAAUUCACUGGUAGAAGAACUACUGGAGCUAUAUUAGUAGUCAGACUUCCAUUUUCUGUUUCUCAUCAAGGAAACAUUUUUUUAAAUAGCUCCUAAGUGUGUCCAUUGUAAUCUGUUGCACUGCUUUUGGAAUAGGUGAAAACUAUUAGAAGUAAUCUUCUACUUUGCAGAAGUGUGGGUAACUACUGUAAUGGCAGGAAGUUGGUCUAGAUUGUAAAGCACAGGCAGGGACCAAAUACUAACCUCAGUCUCGCUACACAUGAAACUUUCUACUUUCUGCUCUAAAGGCAGCAUUAAACAUUAGAACAAACAA